CAUUCUUUGAUUUUAAUUUCGACUCUGAUUAAUACUUUUCUGCUUGAGUGACUCGAAAGAUUUUAAGAUAAUUAAGAGCAACUCGAACCAUGCAUCGAUCCCCAGCCAUGAGAAUGCUACAACAACAGCUUAUAAGCCAAAAGUAUCUGAGAACCCAAAUGAGCCAAAAUGUGGCAGCUGCAUUGCCCCCUAAAGCAUCUUGCGAUGUUUUUAUUAACCAUAGAAGCAUUGACACCAAGAGAUCGAUCUCUUCAUUGUUGUAUGAUCAUCUGCGCUGGCUUGGUAUCCGCGCUUUCUUGGAUAACAAGAACAUGAAGCCGGGGGAUAAGCUGUUUGAGAAGAUAAAUGGGGGGAUUAUGAGUUGUAAAGUUGGGGUUUUGGUUUUUUCACCAACUUAUUGUGAGUCAUACUUCUGUCUGCAUGAACUUGCCUUAAUGAUGGAGUCUGGGAAGAAGGUUAUUCCUAUAUUUUGUGAUGUUAAGCCUUCAGAACUCCGCGUUGUGGACAAGGGAAGCUGUUCACACGCGGAGGUGCAGAGGUUUAGUUCCGCGCUUGAGGAGGCUAAGCACACUGUAGGGAUUGCAUUUGAUUCCUCAAAAGGGAACUGGUCUGAUGUGGUUCAAGAUGCUGCCAAUAUCGUGGUCGAGAGGUUGAUGGAGAGCGAGGAUGAAGAAGGAUUGCAGGCUCAGUUUAAGCAACUCCCUUCUGGUCAUAAGACCUGGGCUUAGGAUAAGUUCCUAGCUGAUACAAGAUCAACUGUCUGAAACUGCAUUGUUAAAAUUUGUUUGCAAAAUUCAAUUUGUUUUUUCGUUUGAUUAUUCACAUUUGUUCUGUAAAGUAGCAGCAUACGAUCAACUAACUAGUCCUGACAAAAUUGUUA